CAUCGUUCGAACGCUUUUGACUCACUUCCGGGAGCACACCGGUCGAAAACACGGAAGAGAGUUAAAGUUUGUGAUAUACCAUAUACCUGCUGUCAGAUUGAAGAGCAAUAAGCAACAUGUCCGCUUCUCUGAAAAGUUGUUUUGCCACUCUGCCUCGCACAGAGAGGGGUCGUCCUAUAGUUCUGGGAAAAGAUCCCAAGGGAAAAAACUUUCUCUAUUGUCACGGUACCAGUGUUUACAUUCGUAAUAUUGAGGACCCAUCCAUUGUGGAUAUCUACUCUGAGCAUGCAAAGGAGACAACUGUAGCGAAGUAUUCACCCAGUGGCUUCUAUAUUGCAUCAGGAGACAUCACAGGCAAGGUUAGGAUUUGGGACACUGUGAACAAAACUCACAUACUGAAGAAUGAGUUCCACGUCCUUGGGGGAAAGAUUAAGGACCUUGACUGGUCCGAGGAUAGCAAAAGGAUUGUCAUGGUGGGAGCUGGCAGGGAGAAGUUCGGAGCCUGCAUAACAGCCGACUCCGGGAACAACGUGGGAGAAAUAACCGGCCACACAAAAGAGGCCAACACCGCCUUCAAGCAGACACGCCCAUUCAGGAUUGCGACUGGAGCGGAGGACAAGACAGUCGUCUUCCUGGAAGGACCUCCCUUCAAGUACAGCAAGACCCUAAGUGUCCACUCUAACUUUGUCAACAGUGUGCGCUAUUCACCCACAGGCGAUGUAUUCAUCUCAGGUAGCGCUGAUGGAAGGGCUGUUGUGUUUGACGGCAAGACUGCAGAUGAAAUUGGUGAGCUGGGAGCACCUGCUCAUAAAGGAGGCAUCUAUGAGCUUGACUUUAACUCAGAUGGAAGUCAAGUGCUGACUGUGUCUGGCGACAAAACAGCGAAGAUAUGGGAUGUUGCCUCUAGGCAGCUUGUCACUGAGUUCACCAUGGGAAGUGGGAUCCAGGACAUGCAGGUGGGCUGCCUGUGGCAGGGGGAUUAUAUUCUGACUGUUUCCUUGUCUGGACACAUCAACUACCUGGACAAGGACAACCCUACAGCUCCAAGUCGAAUUGUCAAGGGCCACAACAAGCCAAUCACAGCGCUUGCAGUCACAGAAGAUGGCUCAAGGGUCUACACAGGAACUAGUGAGGCAGCCAUAAAUUACUGGGAUGUGGCUUCUGGAGUGUCAGAUGAAGUCCAAGGUAAAGGUCAUUCGUCUCAGGUGCAAGACAUGUCAAUGGGUGGGGACUCAUUUGUAUCUAUUGGCUUUGACGACACACUGAGGGUGACCAGUGCAGUUAGUAAUGAAUAUAGUUUGAACAGUACCAAGCUCGCCUCCCAGCCGAAAGGUGUGAGCAAGAAAGGAGACAUUUCUGUAGUAGCUUGCGUCAAGCAUUUGAUCGUGGUGUCGGAUAACCACGUGCUGUCAACAGUUCCUGUGAAGUUUGAUCCACAGUGUGUCGACAUACAUCCUGGCUUGACUCAAGUAGCAGUUGGAGGGAGUAAUGUGUUUGUAGUGUAUGAACUCAGUAAUGGUGCUUUGUCUGAGAUAAAGCAGAUCUCCAUUCCUGAAAAUACAGUGUAUAGUGUCCGGUACUCACCAGAUGGCAGCACCCUUGCCGUUGUUGGGUCCAACAAGAAACUCCAGGCGUACAGCACUGGAAGCUAUGAGGAACUGAUUGACUCAGUGGCCCAUGCUGCCCGUGUUAACGACGUAGCCUGGUCACCUGACGGAAGCCACAUUGCUACCUGCUCCAUCGACAGCAGCAUUGCCAUUUGGAUCCCGGAGAAAUCACUGCAGAAUAGAGUAGCAACAGUUAAAGAUGCCCAUCAGAAGAGCUUUGCUAACAAGAUUCGGUGGCUAGACAACAACAACUUAGUGACGGUGGGGCAAGACUCCAACAUCAAGCAGUGGACCGUCACGUUUUGAAGGACAUCACACUCUAAGCUGUCUACCCCUUUACAUCAAUUAGCAAUUUUCUCACCAGUAUUUUCCAUUAACAUAACACCAAUUAUCAUAAUUUCAUAAUUAUAUAAUUAUUUUGAUUGAAUUUUUGUUGCUUUCUGUGUGUGUCUAUUCUGUGGUUGACUGUUCCCACGCUUCCCGAAUAUUCUUGUGUGUAAGUUCGAGACGUUCCUCAGGCUAAUGAUACCUGUUGUUGUAGAAAAUCUUCAAUCUGUUGGGCAUUUUCAGUCAGUGUUUACCAUAUGUACAAUUUGCCAGACAUUUUCAGGAAUAAUAUGUAGCUUACAUCUAUGUUGAACCUUAGUUCUGAUUGUUGUGUGUCAAUGGUGAAGCAUUGAGGUACGACUGUUGGAGGUUUGGUGAAGCAUUGACCCUCUGACUAUCGUAAGUCUUAUUGAGGU